AAAUUCUGUUUAAGAUUUAAAAUUAUGGAUAUAUAUUUUUUUAGGGUGCCAGUAUAGAGAAACAGCAUUCAUUACUGUUUGAAGUUCUGUGUCUAUUGGAGGACGAUGGUCAUGUGACCAGAAGGAAUGAUAGAAGGAUGUUGUUUGAGGUUUUGCUUCACAAAUCAAAGCUAGAGAGAAAUAUUAUGAAAAUACUUGUAACAGACACAUCAAAGUCUAAAUAUUGUGAGAAGGGAUGUCAUUAUUUACAUGUAUUGGAUGAGCUUCACAAGACACUACAGUAUUCUAAGUUGAAGAAGGAAGCAUUGAUGUUCUGUCUGCAGAAACUGGAAGCUCAAAGUGAUGUUAUAAGAACAACUCAUGCGCAUUAUCUCCCUUGUGGUGAUUGAAAUUAAAGGCACAUAAUGCCUCAGAAAUUAAUACAUUUUUUCUUCUUUCUGUAGCAAGAGCAAACAUGUGUUUUAUAAUGUAAUGAUAGAUUUAGAAUCUGUCAGAUUCUUAACACCCGGAGAAAAUAGCGCUGAAUGUGAGACAAUGUGUGAUAAAAGUAGAACAAUGUAAACAAUGAAGUAUCUUGACUUCCAUACAAAAUACUAAAUCUGUAUACGUGUAAUAAUUGCCAAAAUGCAACAUGGCUAAGGCAUAGGCAGAUAAAAAGUGUUUUGGAAACUGUAACAAGACACAAAACAUGUUUUUGAAAAAAAAAAUGUUAGCAUUUUUAAAGCUUAACAGGUUUUUAAAGUAAAUUCGAGAUGAAAGUAUUGCUACAUGGCUAGAUGUAUUCAAUUCAGAUGGAUUGAUAGUUUAGUAUAUAGAGGAUAUUGAGUGAGUGUAAGUUCAAUACUGAAUUUAUUGCACGAGUUGAAUAAAAUUAUAUUAUGCGAGCCUCUGGCGAGCAUAAUAUUAUUUUAUCCAACGAGUGCAAUAAAUUCAGUAAUGAACUUACACUAAUUUAAUAUUCUAUUUAUCACAUACCCAAAAUAAAGACCAUUUAAAGUGAAAUAGGAGUCAUUUUUCAUUGACGCGCCUAUAGUAUAACGCUGACAUUUAGCGCGUCUUUACACUAUGUUUGUAUAACGCUAAUGACGUCACAUCAAAAUAUAUGCACGGCCGUGUAAUACCAUAUUUACGGAGUCGCAAAAUCGGCACGGGUGUGUGAUAAAAUGGUGUAUAGUGUUAUUACUGAUACUAUUAUAAUGUUCCUAUCAUGUGAUAACCAUGAAAAAGAGAAAAUUGUUUCAAGCAACACAUUUGUUUUCAGGUUAAAAAGCAGUUUUUUAGCAUUGACUCUGAAUUUUGAAUUUUUGUCACCUGAAAUCGUUUUUAUGAAACUUUAGUCUAAAUAAAUUUUUAUAAAUUCUUGA